UGUUAAUGUAAACCAGCCAUAUUGGAUGUGCAAAUAAUUCAUGAAGCUUCAUCUUCCCGAUGUAUCUCUUGAAGGAAUGAGUUAGCUGGUUUCCCAAAGAUGAGUGAUGCGGGAGGAAGCGAGAGGGAGGAGGAGGAGGUGUCGGAAUAUGUCCCCCCGAUAGCACCCCUUCCUCCCAAGGUCAUCAAGCAGGAAGAAAGUCAGAUAGAAGUCUCAUCAAGUCCUGCUUUCCAGUGUUUGGAUGAGUUAUUUCAGCAAGGAAAGUUAACAGGGACAAAAGUUGCUUUGCUGAAAUCUAAAUACACAGAGCUACACGAGACCCUUAAAAACUCCAGACAUAACGAAACAACACUUCUCCGUCAAGCCAAGGAGUACACUGCGGAUCUAGAGAAACAGAGAGCAGAGCUAGAGAAAGGGGAUAACUUCCCAGAGAGUUCCAACACCGAAGUCACCAAACUCCGUGAACAGUUCCUCAAGUACAACAAUGAUCUGGUGGAGACGGAAGAACGUCAGUAUCAGCUAGAGUACAAGCUAGAAAGUUUGUUAGAAGAGAAGAAAAUAGUUGAAAGGGAAUAUGAACGGCUUCCUAAACAAGGGGAGAUCGAGAAGAAGAUCAAGCAGCUUCAAGCUGCCUGUGAUGAAAUGAGAAAGGAGAUUGGACAGAGUCAGAAUGAGGCCAAAAACCUCCGUGAAGACCUCGAAGCCAAUCAAAGACAGCUGGGCCUCGACAACAAGGAGUAUGAGGAGUUGACCGAGAAGAUGGAAAAGUUGAAGGGUGACCUGGUUCAGAUAAAUACUGUCCCAGGACAGAUUGCCAAGGAAGCUGACAAAAUUGCAAGGCAGAAAAAUGAAAUGGACAACAAACUCAAGACUUUAGUAUCGGAGUAUGAUGAACUAAAUGAAGCAUCCAAGAUCCUGGAAACAAAACGGAGGAAGUUGGAAGAUGAAAAAUUAGAAUUUGACUCAGAAUUGGAAGAACAGCGCUCCAUAUUGAAUGAGAGAGAAAGAGAGCUGGAUUUAUUACAGAAAGAUUAUGAGCAUGCCAAGGAACGUGAAGCAAUGUUGUUGGGAGACAGGGCAACACUAGACUUGAAUUUGAGGCAUGUUCAUCUGGAGAAGAAAAACCUUCAUGAUGUUCAUUCCCGCAAGAGUCGAGAGAAGGAUCGAGAUCUCCGCAACCUCAAGAAGGCUGAGUUACAACUCCGCGUGGCUGAUGAAUCACUCAACCACACAAAGUCUAUCCAUGAAAAGAUCAAAUCACAGGUUGAUGGACUGCCUCGAGAUGAUGGCUCUCUGGUGAAGAAGAGAGAAGAUCUUCAGAAGGAGGUGGAACAAACCAAGAGGGCUCUUGCUCAGCAGAACUCCCUGACUGCUGUGGAGCAUGUGAAGCUUGAGGCUAGUGCAGCUGAUGAGCAGAACUUGUUGUUUGAGCAGAGCGAUCUGCGCAUAGAAGUCGUGGAGCUUACCAGACUCGCUGCUAUCAAGGCUGAUGAGAGAGAGCAGAAGGCACGAGACUUCAUGAGGGCGGAAAUGCGCUUCCAUCGCGCUGUAGAGGACCUGAAAACAAAACAGCUGCAGAUACAGGACCACCAGAAGAAGCAUCAGGAGAUGCAGCAGAAACUGAAGGAGUUUGCCAAGCUGUAUGACGUCAUCAAGAAUGAGCGUAACAAGUGUGUGAACCUCAUCCAGACCAGCACCCAGAAGGCAGCUGAGAUGAAAGAGAAGAUCAAGAUCUUACAGAAUGAGAUCGAGAUCCUCCGUACAGCAGUCAUGCAGAAGGACAGACAACUUCAGAAGCAUCGCCUGAAGCACCGCGCAAGCCUUGAACUACGUGACAGCAUGCGGAAGGAGGUUGCUAAGCAACAGCGUGUAGAGGAGGCAAUGAGAGAGAAGCAAGAGCAACAGAAGAUGGACAUCUCCAAACUGAACCUGAUGAUCAACCAGGCCGAGGAGCAGAUGGUGCGACUCAGGAAGAGAUAUGAGAGAGCAGUGCAGCAUCGUAACGACAGAGGCAUUAAGUUGAUUGAAAGGAAUGAAGAAGUGUGCAUCUUCUAUGAGAAGGUUAACAUCCAAGAUCAGAUGGUUCGUAAUGGAGAGGUGGAGCUGAAGGCAAGAGAGGAAGAGAUCAGGUUCCUCAAGAUGCAGCUGAAUGAGGAGAAAAGAGGUCGUGAGGUCAUGAGGAAAAUGGAACCAAAUAAGCGUGCAUUUGAGCAGGAACUGGUCACACUGCAGAUCCAGCUGCAGCAGUGUCAGGACCGGAUGUUGGAGCUGGAGAAGGACCUGGAAAAUCCGUAUGACGAGACCCGAGUCCGAUACCUGGAGGGUCAUGAUCCAACCCCGGCAGAGAUACAGACUAAGGUAGAGGAGCUUGAGAUGAGAUUAGCUGAGAAAGAAGAACAGCUUCUGGAAAAAGACUUGAUCUUUGAACAGGUCAACCGACUAGCAGACCGCAUCCGAGGGAAAGCUGAGGUCGGGAAACAGGACACUCUAGAUCUAGCCAAGAAGGUUAAUGAUGUGCAAGCCAGGAUCAAGGAAACAACUCGGAAAAUGAUGGCACUGGUGUCAGAGCUGUCCAUGAACCAGGCCAAUGCCAUGAAGCUACAGCAGCAGCUGCGUGGCCAGGAGACAGAGCUGGAGCAAUGCUACAUGAGGAUGGAGAAGGGAGAACCACCGUCCCGAGAUAUAGAGAGAGAUUGGCUGCGAAUGGUCAGAGAUGAGAUGAGGAGGAUACAGGACAAGGAUGAUAUCAGAGCUGCAGAAGAAGAGGAGGAACAGUACAAGCUGGCUGGGGGAUUGUACACAACUGCCGAACCUCGACCCAACGCCUACAUUCCUGAUGAUGAUAGCGAACUGCCAAUACCACGGCCAUAUGGCUCUCAUGCUCCAUUCAAACCAAAUGAAGCUGGCUCAACUAUGCGACAUAUCAGAAAACCUGUGCCUAAACCCAUUGAAAUCUAAGCCUUCUUACUUUCUCGAAUCGUGUGCAUGGAGGAAUGUAUGGUGCUGGAAAUAUGUGCAGCUAAUGUGAAGUCGAGGGUUGCAUUUUAUAGCUUUAAAGUAUUAUCAAGUAUUUGGUAAGCAAUGAAUCAAUGUUAUGAUCUGAUUUUGUAAUGAGACAGUUGAUAAAUUAUCAGUUUAAGCAAAAUCAGUUUCACAUAUCUUUUAAAAGAAAAUAUCUGACACAUUUUUAUGAACCUACCAUGAAGUCAGAAAAAUUAACCUACCAUGAAGUCAUGGAAGUGAGGAAUUUUUAAACCAGCCACAAAAAUCAGGACUGUAUAUAUAUCUUAACAUUGGAUAGCAGGACAUGUUGCAAGUGAUAUACUCAACGACUCAUAUAACAGAACUGUUUGUCCACAUCUGACAUAAUAUAUUACAGUAUGUCACUUCCCUUGCAAAGUUUUGCAGUUAUAUAUUUUAAUAAUAUCUGGUUCAGUAGAAACAACUGUAUGCUUGAGUUUCUGUACAUACAUAGAAUACUUGUUUCACCUCACUGCGAUAUAACACUGAAGUCUCUUCACACAUACCACAAAAUCAGUCCUAACUCUUAAGAGCCAAGAAUCUAGGUCAAAUUGUCUUACUUUGACCAUUUGAUGCCAAAAUAUUGACGAGUGUGCUUGUUUUGUACUAUUUGUAAAAGGCACUUUGAUAUGAGGACUAACUCUAUCGACGUUUGACACAAUCCAACCACUAAAAAUUAAAUGUUUUAUCACAUAUACUGGGUAACUGAAAAGAUUUCAUAUUUUUAUUGUUGCUUGAGGAAAUAUAAAUUUGACAUGAAGUAGUUGUUGUGUGAUGUGACCCCACACUUUGUUUUCAAAUUCAUUACAGACUUCAGCCAGGGUUCCUCUUAAAAGAAACAUUCACAAGCCAAAAUAAAAUGCACUGUCCUCCACUUCCCAUGCCAUAUUUGCCCAAGCUCAAUGUUAUUGAUACACGUUAAUAGCUUGAAGAAAAUUAUUUUUGUCCCUGUUAUAAUACAUUCCUUAUCUUCACACAGUAUUAAGCAUUCAUACAUGCCUGUCUGCACUUGUAUAUUUACACACCCAGUAGUGAAAUGUACAACUGUCGUCAAUGUCAUGUGUAUUUCAGCCUUCCCUCUGUGCAUGUGCCUAUAACCUGUCAGCAUUUCCCAUGUCAUUGCCUUCCCUUCAAUACCAAAACAGUUUAUUUAUCUGUUGUACAUGUCUGUGAUUGUAUUGUUAUUAAUUUAUUUUGGAAACAAAGCAAAUCAGUAUUGACACUGACAUAUUUUUAUUUAUCUAUUUUGCUGAAGCAAAAUGAUCAGAGUGUUGUUGAGAAGUUGAAUUACUUUGGAUUGUAUUUAAACACAAGGCUUCAUGAUGUCACUUGAUAAUGAUUGUGAUAUUACAGUAUGAAGUAUUUUUUGCUCCUGCUGUGUACAUCUCUUUUACUGCCACAGCAAGUCUAUUAAAAAAAAAAAAUGUCUGAAGAAAACAAAUGGUAGGUAUGUCCACUGAGGAAGUCAUUGAUACAUACUGGUAAUGUUUAAAAAUAUGAGAAGUGUCCGGAAUAUCUGAUUUAAAUAUUAAUUGAUGUUACUAUUGUAAAUAAAUACUGUGGAAUAUG